AUGGAGGGAAAUAAAGGGCUGUCCGUCUUGCCUUAUCUCUUGGAGGACUCUUCUGUGGUGGGGCUGAUGAGGGUUAAAGACCAGCAGGUGCCAAUCACUACCACAGCAGUGCACUGGCAGCAAUAUGUCACCAACCAAGACCCUCUGAUUCCCAUCCAUAAAGUGAUAGGUGCUGAUGAAUUGAGGCUGUCAAAUGGAACUGGCCCCUGCUCUGGAAGAGUGGAAGUAAAACAUAAUGAGAUAUGGGGAACUGUGUGCGAUGGUGACUGGACCAGAGAAGAUGCUGAGGUUGUUUGCAAGCAGCUACGAUGUGGCUAUGCUGUUCAGGCCCUUAACCGAGCUCCUUUUGGAGAAGGGUCUGGACCAACGUGGUUGUACCGAGUGGAUUGCCGUGGAGAUGAACCGGCCCUCUGGAACUGCUCACAUCUAGGAUGGGGUGCUUUCACCUGCCCUCAUUACUUUGAUACUGGAGUGAUCUGCUCAGGUUUCUCUGCUCUGCAGCUGACUGGAGGGGACACGGUCUGCUCAGGACAGCUGAAAGUAAAGCAGGAAGAAACAUGGGCUGCAGUCUGUUUUUCACACAUAAAUUUCCAAACUGCCUCUGUUAUAUGUAAUGAGUUAGAGUGCGGCCAGGCAGUGGAUAUUGUGAGAGGAACUCACUUUGGAGACAGACAUGAACUGAUCUGGCAGGAAGAGUUUCACUGUGUAGGGAACGAAAAUCACCUUGCACACUGUCCCAGGAUGUUGAGCCAUAGUACGAAGUGCUCUCACGGUGCCACUGUUGUAUGUUCAGGCUAUGGUGGGUACAGGCUGGCAAAUGGCAGUACUGCAUGCUCAGGAAGAGUGGAGCUUCUUCAUGGAGGCACGUGGGGAGACCUGUGUGACUACCUGUGGGAUCUGCAAACUGCCAAUGCCCUCUGCCAGCAGCUGGACUGUGGACUUGCCCUACUGAUACCAGAUGGACAGUCCUUUGGGAAAGGAAAUGGAUCUGUCUGGAAUGGGACAUCCAGCUGCAAGAACAAAUCAUGCUUGAGAGACCAUCCUGUGAGGCCGCUGGCUCACCAUGAGUGUCCUCCUGGAAAAGAUGCUCAUGUGGUAUGCUCAGGGUGCUCAGGGGGCAGGCUGGUGAAUGGCACCACGUGCUCUGGCAGAGUGGAGAUUCGCCAUGGAAACACAUGGGGAAGACUCUGCCACUCCCACUGGAACGUGCAGGCUGCCAGCAUUCUCUGUCGCCAGCUGAACUGUGGAUAUGCGAAGUCCAUCCAGCCAGGAGAGCAUUUUGUGGAUGGGGAUGGGCCUGUAUGGAGAGAUGCUUUUCACUGUAAAGGGACAGAGUCCUGCCUGCGGGACUGUGAUCAAGUGACUUUGGGCAAUCCAGCCUGUUCAGCCAGAGAAGCAGCCACAGUUAUUUGCUCAGGUCCCUCAGAGUCACUCAGAUUCUCUGGUGGUGAGAGCCGCUGUGAUGGGCGAGUUGAGAUCUUCCUCCAUGGCAUGUGGAGCAGAGUCCUGGAUGAUGACUGGGACAUGCAGGAUGUUCAUGUGGCAUGCAGACAGCUCCAGUGUGGAACUGCUGAAAAAAACUAUUACCUCCCAAGGUCUGAGAGAGGCAUGGGUCUGGUUGGCUUGAGAAGUGUCCAGUGUGGUGGAAACGAGACUCAGCUGCUGCACUGUAAAACCUCUCCUUCUUGGACAGCACCAGCAGGAGUUGCCGAGGAUGUUGGUGUGGUUUGCUCUGGGAGCAGGCAGGUCAGGCUGGUGAACGGAACAAACCGCUGUGCUGGGAGAGUAGAGCUUUACCACCAUGGCAUCUGGGGCACCGUCUGUGAUGACAACUGGGAUCUGCCAGAUGCUAACGUAGUUUGCAAACAGCUGGGAUGUGGACAUGCCAUCAAGGCAUUUGUGUCUGCUCAUUAUGGUGAAGGCACAGGACAGAUCUGGCUGGAUGAUGUGAACUGCACUGGGGCUGAAUCUGAUCUCUGGGCAUGUCCCGCAAGGGCAUGGGGCCAGCACAACUGUCGACACAAAGAGGAUGCUGGAGUUCUGUGCUCAGAGUUCCUGGCUGUGAGGCUGGCGAACGGCAGUGAGUGUGCUGGGCGCCUAGAGGUGUUCUACAACGGGACGUGGGGCAGCGUCUGCUCCAACCGCAUGUCUCAGCUGGCUGCGGCGACGGCCUGCAAGCAGCUGGGCUGCGGCCACGGUGGUGAGAUCGCCAGCGACUUCAGAUACGGCAGAGGUUCUGGGCCAACAUGGCUGGACCACAUUGAGUGUACCAAGGAGCACAGCUCUCUCUGGCAGUGCCAGUCAGACCCCUGGAACCCUCAGUCAUGUGAUAACCGAGCAGAGGAGACCCACAUUUCUUGCCAUGGAAGAAAAGAGGGGAUGUCUUCAGCCACAUUUGCUGAGUGUCCAAACUCUUCAAGCUGUUCAGACAGGGAGAAGUUACGAGUCACAGGAGGACAAGAUGGAUGUUCAGGCAGAGUGGAGAUUUGGCACCAAGGCUCCUGGGGAACAGUCUGUGAUGAUUCCUGGGAUAUGGCAGAUGCUAAUGUUGUAUGCAAGCAGCUGGGUUGUGGAUUUGCUGUGUCUGCUCUGAGUGAAGCUGCCUUUGGGGAAGGGACUGGUCCCAUCUGGUUGGAGAAGGUGCACUGCAAAGGUACAGAGCUCUCUCUCUGGGACUGCUCUGCCCAGCCCUUGCGCAGCAAAAACUGUGAUCACAAGGAAGAUGCUGCUGUGAAUUGCUCUGGUUAGUGACUGGUCCUUUGGUUCAGCACAGAGGUCUGGGAAGGAUGUGGAUAAUUCUGACUUGCAGGAACCUCACAAAUGCUGUGAAGAUGUUCUCCCUAUUUUUCACAUUUGCCCCUUCUUUAAUCUGGACUCACCUUCCUUUCGCAGGCACGACAGAAACAGCAGCAGCACCCACUAGAGCAGGUAAAAACAUUCUGUCUUCCUCCUUUCUUUCUCCCAUCAAAUGAGGAUUUAAUGUCCCUCAUUCUGCAUAGAGGGUGAAUCAGCAGCAUAUUUCAGCUCAUCAGAAAGCAUCUCUUACAGCCUUUUGCAAAGGAGAGUCGAGUGGCACUAUCCCCAGCUGCUUCGUUCUAGCAGCUUGAGCAGGACCCACAACUGGGCAGCAGG